GCGAGUAAGCGGCGUGACCCGGAAGCAUUCACCGACGCCACGCCCCUCACGCCCAAUAGUGCUGCCCGGAGACGAGCCACUUCCUUUCUGCGCUCCCGCGGCCUAGCGAGCAGGCAGGACCUCGACAUGCAGAACGACGCCGGCGAGUUCGUGGACCUGUACGUGCCGCGGAAAUGCUCCGCGAGCAACCGCAUCAUUGGUGCCAAGGACCACGCGUCCAUCCAGAUGAACGUGGCCGAGGUUGACAGGGUCACAGGUCGGUUUAAUGGCCAGUUUAAAACCUACGCUAUCUGCGGCGCCAUUCGCAGGAUGGGCGAGUCAGAUGAUUCUAUUCUCCGAUUGGCUAAAGCUGAUGGAAUUGUCUCCAAGAAUUUUUGACCAGAAGAGAUCGGGGGAAAUCUGUCAUAAAUAAAAGUGAGAAAAAGUACCUUUGCUACUUGAGUUUACUGCUUUUAACAUGUGGGUAGGGCUGGUGUUUUUACUGUGACC